AUGUCGCUUCGCAGGUUCAGGAGCAGCCCCAAAGCGAUCAAAGACGUGAACUUGGUGACGGAGGAGCUGAAAAAUCUCUACUACAAGAGGCUGCUGCCAAUUGAGAAGCAUUAUUUGUUUCAUCACUUCCAUUCGCCCAGUUACGAGGAUGCAGACUUUGAGAACAAGCCGAUGAUUCUCGUGAUGGGCCAAUACUCCACAGGGAAGACAACAUUUAUAAGGUAUCUUAUAGAGCAAGACUUUUUAGGUGGUAGAGUCGGUCCAGAGCCAACAACAGAUUGCUUCUCUGCGCUUAUGCAUGGAGAUGUAGAAGGCAUCAUACCGGGAAAUGCUUUGACGAUGGACCCUAAAAAGCCGUUCAGGAACUUGGAUCCUUUUGGGAAUACAUUUUUGAACAGAUUCCAGUGUGUUCAAAUGCCAAAUCCAGUUCUUGAAAAUAUCAGCAUUAUAGACACACCAGGCAUAUUGACUGCAGCGAGGAAGAGGCUCAGUCGAGGCUAUGACUUUCCAGCGGUGUUGCGUUGGUUCGCCGAGAGAGUGGACCGGAUCAUCCUGCUGUUUGAUGCGCACAAGCUGGAGUUUUCAGAUGAGCUAACCCGGGCCUUCGGGGCCCUGUGCGGACACGAAGACAAACUGCGUGUGGUUCUCAACAAGGCCGACACGGUGGACUCCCAGCAGCUGAUGAGAGUGUACGGCGCCCUCAUGUGGUCGCUGGGGAAAGUGUUCAAGACCCCCGAGAUCCUGAAAGUCUACAUUGGCUCUUUCUGGUCCGAGCCCAGGCAGAAGUGUGACCAUUAUGAGCUGAUUGAGUUGGAGGAGGAGGAUCUGCUGACGGAUAUAAGGAACCUGCCGCGCAACGCUGCCAUAAGGAAACUCAAUGAUCUAGUGAAAAGGGCCAGAUUAGUGAGGGCCCACGCCCACAUUAUCGGCCACCUGAAGAAGGAGAUGCCCUCCAUCUUCUGCAGAGAAAGCAAGAAACACAACCUCAUCUAUGAUCUUCCAGAGAUUUUCCGCAAGAUCCAGCAGCAGCAGCGUGUUCCAGCAGGAGAUUUCCCAGACUGCACCAAAAUGCAGGAAAAACUUCUCGGUCAAGAUUUCUCCAAGUUCAAGACACUCAAGCCGAGCCUGAUGGCCUCCUUGGACAAGCUCCUCACCAGUGACAUUGCCAAGCUGGUUCCUCUGCUCAAAAUACAAGAACUGAGCAAGAAAUCCCUCCCGGGGGUACUCGACGCCGACUUCCUGGGAACGUUUAAGCCGGAGCAUUACAGACGAGACCCCUUUAAAGAAAUCCCCAGGGAAGAGGAGGGCAGUGACGAGGACUUUGACGAAUGGGCGGUGGAGAAGUUCAAGCCGAAGUACGACGAAAUCUUCUACAAUUUGAACCCCAACGAAGGCAAGCUCAGCGGCACCAAGGUCCGAGAGUGGAUGACCGGGACGCUGCUGCCCAAUUCGGUGCUGGCUCAUAUCUGGAGGUUGUCGGACGUGGACGGGGACGGGAUGCUGGACAAUGAGGAGUUUGCUGUGGCCGUUCAUCUCAUCGAGGGGAAGAUGGAGGGCUACUACCUUCCCAGACAGCUCCCCUCGCAUUUGGUGCCCCCAUCCAAAAAGAUCAGUGAGGCUAGCCAGGAGGAGUAG